AAAAACGUGACGGACACUCCCAUCGAUCUGGGGCUGCGCUGCGCGACACUCCAGCACUGUUGACGGCUUUUGACGUGUCUCCGUCAACAGAGCAGCCAUGGCGGACGCCGCGGAGGAAGACGCUCUUCAGGGCAGCCGGGACCAGGAUCUGACUGACGCUCUGGACUCUGGUGGUUCAGACAUGGAGUUGGAGAGGGGCAUUAUUCACGUCCAGGAGCAAUCGGCUCAACACCGAGCCAAGAUGUGGAAGAUUGCUCUAAACGUCUCUGGAAAAGGAGACAGCCUGUCUCCCUGGGACGGUGUCCUCGAUUUACCAGAACAAACGCUCAUUCACAACAGGAGUCAGCAGCUGAUUGAUCAGCUGGGAGUCUCAGCAGAUGAGAAGAGUGACAUGGUGUCCGAUGUCGAGUCGGUCAUUACGUUUUACUGCAAGUCUCGGAACAUCACCUUCACCCCGGACCUGAGCUGGCCUCACCUGCUCAAACCCCUACUGGGGCUCCAGCUGCCCCGCAGCGACCUCUACAACUGCUUCUAUGCUAUCAUGAACAAAUACAUCCCCAGGGACUGUGUGGCGAAGGGCCGACCGUUCCACCUUUACAGACUACUGCUGCAGUAUCAUGAGCCGGAGCUCUGCUCCUUCCUGGACACCAAAAAGAUAACACCUGACUCCUACGCAAUCAACUGGCUGGGCAGUCUGUUUUCGAGCCACUGCCUCCCUGAUGUGACCCAGGCCUUGUGGGACUCCUACCUCCAGCAGGCUGACCCUUUCCUCAUCUUCUUUCUCAUGCUCAUUAUCCUCGUCAAUGCCAAAGAGUCCAUCCUCACGCAAGAAGGAGACAGCAAAGAAGACAUAAUCAAAAUGCUGCAGUCGUCUCCUUCUCUUCUUGAAUCCGAGGACAUUGAAGAUUUGUUUUCAUUAGCUCAGUAUUACCAGAGCAAAACCCCUCUGUCACUCAGAAAGAUGAAUCAGAAUCUGUUUGGGAGCAGCCUCUUGGCUCUGAAAGAGGAGGACAUGGACCUGAGUCAGGCGCUGUGCCUCCCAGUGUCUGUCCCUGAAAUCCUGCAAGCCAACCAGCUGCAGCAGGACGGGGUACGAUUCUUCGUGGUGGAUUGUCGUCCUGCCGAGCAGUACAACGCUGGUCACCUGUCCACAGCGUUCCACCUGGACUCUGAUCUGAUGCUGCAGAACCCUUCAGAAUUCGCCCUCUCUGUGAAAUCCCUCCUGGAAGCACAGAAGCAGUCUUUAGAGUCGGGCUCCAUUGCCAGUGGAGAGCACCUGUGCUUCAUGGGCAGUGGGAGAGAAGAGGAAGACAUGUACAUGAACAUGGUGUUGGCACAUUUCCUGCAGAAAAACAAAGAAUAUGUCAGCAUCGCUAAAGGCGGGUUUAUGGCUCUUCAGCAGCAUCUGGUGGACAUGAACAUCGAGGGACUGGACUCUUCAUACGUCCACUGGAUCGUCAGCACGUCGGGAUCACACAGCAGUUUGUGCUCAGCUGAUGGGGAGUCUCUGACCAGCCCUGGUGGUGACGGCAAAGGGGUUAAGUCUCUGGUAAACAAAAUGACCUUUGCUCUGAAGUCCAAGUCGGUCAACGUCAAGGAGAAGAUGAUCAGCUUCAUCGAGAAUACCUCCACCCCUGUCGACAGAAUAUCUUUCAAUCUGCCCUGGCCAGAGAAGGCGAUUCCAGAUCGGCACGUGAGCAGUAGCGACCGUGUCGGCAAACCUUACCGCGGGGUGAAGCCUGUUUUCAGCAUCGCUGAUGAGGAAGAGUAUGAUACAGAUGAAAUCGACAGUUCGUCCAUGUCCGACGAUGACCGCAAGGAGAUUGUCAACAUUCAGACCUGGAUAAACAAGCCCGAUGUAAAGCAUCACAUUCCAUGUAAUGAGGUGAAAGAAACGGGUCACAUGUUCCCCAGUCACUUGUUGAUCACAGCGACUCACAUGUACUGCCUGAGGGAGAUUGCCUCGAGGAAAGGCUUUGCCUACAUACAGUCCAGACAGGCGCUGAACUCCGUGGUGAAGAUCACAUCCAAAAAGAAGCACCCAGAGCUGAUUACAUUCAAGUUUGGGAGUAACAAUUCAGCUGGAGUGGAGAUAUCGGCAGUUGAGAGAUAUUUGAUACCCAACGCAGGCGAUGCCACCAAGGUCAUCAAGCAGCAGAUCAUGAAAGUCCUCGAUGCUCUGGAGAGCUCGUAAACCAAGACGACGGUCUCACCGGGGGAAACCGUGACGCCCUCCCGCCUCCAACGUAAACUCUAACCAGAAUCUCUGUCUGCCAAGACUGAAACCUUGACCCGCUCUCCCAUCAGGAGUCGUCCUGCUGGACUGAUCCCAGUGCAGUGUUGACUGAGAAGCCCAGCAUUUGUCCUUCAGGACGGCCGGGCGUACCGCUGACUGCAGGCCUGUGGGACGGGCUGCGUUUGAUUCAUAUACUUCGGUGCUCUGCAGUCAUCCAACUAUUCUCUCACACUUAACUUAAACAUAUAUCGGUUGUAGUGUUUGGUUUCUUUAUUGUUUGUACAUGCAUGGGAGUGUCACUACGGCGCAGCUCCACCUCUCAUGGUUUCUCUCUGGCCUUAACAUAGUGCGCUGGUCGACCAGCUGCUGAUUUAUACAUGACUGACGUUUUUCUUUGGACUCGAGCAUUUCAGUUCUGACUCAUUGGUUUCGAGGCGAACGGUAUUGUGUUUCUCUAAAGUAGAUUUCCAUCGAUUUAGUCAGGAAGUGAAAGUGAGUCGGCCAGCAGGCUCAGACGUGAAAAAUGCACAUCCCUAAAACAAAGCAAGAAAAUUAAAAAAGCAGUGCUGGCACAUAAGGCAGGUUUCCGACUGCAAACAACGGUUUUUGAUAACUUCUUUUUACAGCAGGCAGCCUUAAAUAGGAUUCAUUUGAGGGUCUUUUAAAGAUAUGUAAUGUAAAUAUUGUGUAAACUGCUCUAUAUCAGCACAGACCUUUUGGAAAGUCCUUUUGAAAGCAUAUCCUCAUGGCUAGAAUAUGCAGUAAAGCUUAGCCUGGUUUCUGAGCCGGUUCACACGGUUUGCAGUUCCCCUUCUUUCCUGAGUUAAAGCCUUUCAUAGUGUUUCUGGGAGAUAAUUUAUUCAGUGCUUUUACAUAUAAUGAGUUUAACCUCAUCUUUCAGCAGUCUGAUGUAGCUCUCAGAAGGAUUCACCCACAGCCCCUCUGGACCACAUUAGGAUUACAGCAGAGGCUCAGUGAUUGUAGUGAACAGGAGCCCGAGUGCUUCAGUAUUCUCUCAUCCUGCUCCGAUUCAGUGUGUGAAUGAGCUUUCUCGCCUCUCGCUCAGGAGGUGCCCGACAAGUGACGGCCUCACUGAUCGCAUCUGUAUUCAGAAGGCUAAAAGCUACACAGAUGUUAAUAAAGGAAGGAACAAAAAAAACCUGCUGUAACAAGGACAGUGUGCUUUACACUUUCCAGCACAGCAUGGAUAGGAAUGGAAAGAUCAUUUGUUUAGAGGAAAUGUACUAUAUACCUGUUUUUGAAUCGGUCUCUUGUCAAUUGUAGUCAUUGAAACUGAGCAGCUUUAGUUUGCUUGCCACUAUUGCCUUUGGCCUCAUACCUGUGAUGUGUGAUAUUGGCACCAGCAGUGGCAACAUAUCACGGUAUACUGCUGCUUCUCUUCUAAUCUCAAACUCUGUUUCGGACCUUUUUUUUUUUUCUCUCUCUCUCUCUCUCUCUCUCUGCUUGGUUCUCGGCUCCUCAUUUCUUUGCGUUGAAGUCUAGGUGUGUCUGCAGACUUGGAUUAAAGCAUCAAAAGCCUCCCUUGUGACAGAUUCAGUCCAUAGAGUGUUGAUCCCUUUCCAUCUUUAAAAGUUACACAGGGGUUCAUUAUAUUGACGUGAUGCACAUUAAAAAAAAGAUAAACCAAAACUUGAAUGAAAGGCUGUAAAUUUGGGUCCUUUUCACUCCAGUCUUUACCGAGCAUUCCUGUGUAAUCCAUGCAGUGUGUUGUAAUUAGUAAUUUUGUGAUAUUUUUUCAGUAUUCUUGUUGACCGGAACAUCGUUGACUCUUUACAUAACUUUACCAUAGGUGGCGAAGGAUGUCAACCACUAGUCUAAGAUGCAACAUGUCUCAAGUGUAAUUUGCACCUUACUGUACUGCUAUUAUUUUCUAAGCAUUUCUGUUUUUAAUAAAUGGAGAUUAUUCGACUGCA